AUGCCUCCUCGACUUUGCGCCGUCUGCUCUUCCGUUUGCGCAAAAUCUUCUGACUUCUGGUCUCUCGAAUUCGACCGCCCGGAGUACUGCCAAGAUACCUCCCUCAAACUCCAAUCUUAUCGUCGCAUGCGCAAGAAGGCCGAAAAGGGAUGUCAACUCUGCUCCGUUCUACUCAGCCAUGUUCAGCCGAUCGAGAUAGGCGAUAAGGAGGCUACCCUCAUUCUACGCAGGUGUCCAGCCUACCCCGAUCGAGCUGUCCGACUAGGUACCGGACUGAAGGGCCUGAAUUACAUCACACAGACUUUCUUCCAGAGAAUACCACGUUGGUGGUGGAAGCCGCAAGCAUCGGCGAAUUGUCAUGUGCAUGAUCCGGCAUCAUACAACAGCCCUGCGUCCUUAGACAGCGCAACCGAUAAUAUACUUUUGAUGAAGACGUGGUUGCACCGGUGUCUGACAAAUCACAAGACGUGUUCCGGCAGCCCGAACGCUUUCUUGCCAACUCGUCUCAUAGACGUUGAGGCAUUUCGAGGUAGUCCGGACGUGCAACUGGUAGACUCGGCACCCCUCAGAAUCACUUGCGAGAGGAAAGAUGUCUCGUACCCUAACUACCUGGCGCUUAGCCAUUGUUGGGGUCCGGAACACAAGCGACCGAUCAUAACAGAGCGUAACAGUCUGGAGGCAAGACAGACGCGGAUACUCGCUAAGGAUCUCUCAAGGACGUUCCUUGAUGCUGUCAUUGUUACGCGUAAACUUGGUCAGCGCUAUCUGUGGAUUGACUCCCUAUGCAUCAUCCAACAUGAUGACAACGAUUGGGCACAGGAGGCAGCAAGUAUGGCGGACGUCUACGGUAGUGCACUCUGCACCCUUUCAGCCCUCAGCUCAGAGGAUGGAACUCAGGGAUGUCGCAUGAGUGACGAUCUAGGAAGGAGUACCGGCAACUCGUUUGUUGACGUUCAAAUCGAUCGCGCAACCCAUGGAUCCAUACGUAUGUACCGUCGACCACCGACUUCAUGGCGUGUUGAAUAUGGAGAAGAGCCAUCCGUAACAGGGAAGAGCCCUGUACAGAAUCCACUAAGGUAUCGGGCUUGGACAUUGCAAGAGGCCGAGCUUUCGCGGAGGACCAUCUUUUUCGCUGACCGACAACUUCUCUGGCGGUGCCGCGAGGCGAAGGGAACAGCCGAAUUGCCCUGGACGGAACAGCUGUCGUAUGAAAGCCACAAGCAGAAGCCCUGGCCUCUUUGUGACGGACUUCAGGAUGACCAAACCGAGGGCAUCUUUGCCGACACACGAAUGAGGUGGUAUGAGCUAGUGGAAGAUUACUCGCUCCGGAACUUGUCGUAUGACAGCGACAAGCUCACCGCAUUAGCUGGUCUGGCAAAAGACUACAAGUCCGUAUUUCCUGGUGCGGAUUACCUCGCCGGAAUGUGGGGAGCCCACGUUCCUCGUGUUCCUCUCUUCAGACUGGAAGACCUCCCGAAUAUGCGCAAGGAUAGAAGAUACCAGCUGCAUGCUGGUGUUAUCGCCAUUGGGGCUCACUGCGCAGCCACGCUUCUUUGGCAGUCCGUGGACAAGGAGGCCCGCAGGUAUCCCGAGUACAUAGCGCCCACAUGGUCCUGGGCAUCGGUCAAGGGUCGUAUCUCUUAUGUUAGCCAGCGUAUCGAACCCCACGGAAACAGUUUCGACCGCAUGGGAGUCCGAGAAGAGCUAUCCGAUUGUGAUUUUGGUGACAUGCAAUGGGAGGGCAUGGCAGCAGAGCCAGUAAAUGGAGACAAGUAUGGUGCUGUGAAGCAAGGGGCACACUUGACCCUCACCUACGCCCUUGUCGCUCACUGUACGGUACCGAAGGACCCACUGUCUGAGUCCUUCGAGAUGAGCCAGGGCAGACAGACCAAACAAGACUCGCCCAUUGGCCGGAUCAUGAAGAACAUCCAGUUUAUGCCACCGGAACAGGACGACAUGAAGGCUGACGGUGAGCUGCUGAUGGCAAAUGGAACACCUAUUGGUGUGUUCUUUCGCGAUUGCGCAGAUGAUGAUAAGUUUUCCGAGAAAGACACGUUCUGUCUGCGUAUCCGGGGCGAACCCUUUUUCUCACUUGCCCGCCACGACUUCAAGAGCGAGCAAGAGGUAGAAGGAAUGGACAUGGUCAUGGGUAUCGUAGUGGUCCGGGCCAAAAUUCGGGAGUCUGGAGAAUCAUAUCGGAGGAUAGGACUUGCUCGCUGGGUAAGCGCGGCGAUCUUCGAACGCUGUCAAACAGUCAGUGUCAAGCUUAUCUGA